UGGAUCUAAAAGAACCAAAGUGUCAGUGUGACACUCAGUGUAAAAACACAGGCACACACACAUACAUGCACACACUCACACACAUGAUACCAUUUGGACAAAAACCUAGCAUAAGACUUACAGCUCUGGGCCCGGCCCUUCUCGCAGUGUUCACCACUCAUGUUUCCAAACACAUGCUUGUUGUUCUCCAUGUAUUCAGGCGGGGCUGAGGAAAUCCAUUUGGUGAACCUCGAUGAGUCAUAGCCUUCUUCCAGAAUAUUUUGCAACUACACGAGGACUAGGUUGAAGCCAUGAUGUGGCCUUGGAUAUCGGUGCAGUAUGACUUUAUUCUAUGUAAGCUGCCGGCCAUUCUUACCUGAAAAGUCCCAGAUAUGUUUCUCCCAAACCCAUUCACAGCAUGCUCUGUCAGUACCAGGGAAGAAGCAUGAAGCCUAUCAAUGUUCCACUGGGCUUUGAGGCAGAAGGCUAAUCAUGACACAAAGGAAGAGGUAGCCACAGCCUCUUUUCUCCAAGGUGGUAGCAUCUAGAUUUCCUUUCCUUUACAAAGCUCCGAAGGUUUUUUCUGUUUCAUGAAGAUAAUGUUGGGGGCAGGUGCAAAGAGGGGGAUUUCAGAAUGGCUUUAGGCCUCUGAGUUUGGCCUCUUUUGAUUUAGGGUACAAAUUCCAAGGUCUAGCUCACUACUUAUGUGGAGGCCCAGAAGAAAUGUCUUGAGUGGUUAGGGGCCAAUUUGACCACGGGGGGUCCUCAGUGUUCUACAGCCCUUUGAUCCAGGCAGAAUGUUUAUAAAGGUACCCAGAAUCCAAUGGAUGUGGUCUCCAACCAACCUUGAGUUGCUUGGCUCAACAUAUGUGCCCUGAAUGAUUUGUUCUUCUGACACGUUGGCAGUUUACACCUCAAAGUACUGCAGUAUCUGGGGCCAGAAGACUACGGACAGAAACUUCUAUAAACCAUGCUGCUGUAGGGUGCCGAAGAGUCUCGGAGUCAUCUCUUGAUUGGACCGCUCUUCCAAAGGAAGCUGAGGUCGUCAUUGGUGCGGAAACCUUCAUGAGAUUUGAAGAAAGAAUGUCGUGGGAGUCAGCUCUGAAGUACUGUCGCAGCCACUACACUGACCUAGCUGACCUGCAGAGAGUGACUAAGGAAGACAAGGAGAACUUGAGGUGCCUCACGAAUGAGACAGAGGCCUGGAUUGGCCUCUACAUCAGUGAAAACUCCGGGACUCUGGCGUGGUCCAGCGACUUGGGUGACCACAUCCCCUCCUGGCUGGAGAAGCCCAAGUUCAGCAGCGGGCUGUGUGCAGGGCUCCGCACCUAUUCACACUUCAGCCCCAAGGUUUAUGCAGUGGCUUGCUCUUCCCGACAGCCUUUCAUCUGCUUUUUUGUUAUGGCUAGUACAAAGGUUGCCACUGAUAUAAGAGAUAUAGCUACUAUGACCACUACUUCUGCUACUACUGCUACUGCUACUCAGGUCCAACAUUUAAGCUCAUCACGCCCAGAGUCUGAAGAAAAAACACCAGCAUCUCAGUCAGAGUACUCUUUUGAAAUCCUGAAGGCAGAUUUUAUCAUUUCAACUCUGAGGGACCCAGAAGAGAUGAAAGAAGAAUUUUUAAGAGAGAUCCAAGAAGUCUUAAACCUUAUAUUAGGCCACGAGCAAUUCACAUUGAAAUGGGUUGGCUUUGAAGUGAACAAAAAGUAGCACACGUCUACUGAUCUGCAGAUUCCCUUUUACUCAGUCUUCUCUGGAUUUUUACUAAGUUUUGGUUGAUUCCUAAAAGAACAGGACUGGAAAUAACUUUGCAAUAUGCUAGAAGGCGCAGACCUACAAGUAGCACCAAAGCAAACUACAUAUAAAACCUGCAUUCUUGGAUUUUAUGAUGAAACAGAUGAGCAGAAGAUGGCAGAAGGUGGGAACAAAAACCUCGAGAGAGUCAGGCAAGGACAGACACCUGAGCCGAACACCAGUGCUGAAAAGAAAGCCAUGAAUCUGUCUAAGAAUGCAAGCGAACACAGUAGUGGUUUAGGAAAGCAAAUGUGGCUGCAUUUCCAGAGCUGCGGACUGAACCACGGGCUUCAUGUAUACCAGGCUAGCGUUCUACCUCUGUGUGUUUGCAGCUCCACAACACAGAAUGUAUUAAUGCCAGCUACCUGUCCUAUACCGAAGAAAUAUUUUUACCUGUACACUGGGUAAUUUUAAGGCAUGUUAUUCUUAAUAUUAAAAUAUAUCAGAAUAAUAUUCUUGCAUACAUGUUCUUUUUUUCCUGUGUCCUAAGCACGCAGAUGCACAUUAGAAGGUAGUAACAUGUCAAAUACAGUAGCAACUUUAGUCUGAAAUGUUUAAAGUUAAAGUUUAUUUGUAUUCUUUGUAGGAAUAUCAAUAAAAGACCUCAAAUGUAUCUAUAUCUGUACAUGUACAAGAACCGUCAAAAAUUAUUCACAGAACAAAAAUAAAUCUUCUUUAGAACAAACCCAGGUAAUGUAAUGCAGAUAUGGAUCUCACAUAUGGAACAAUCUAAGUGCUACUUAGCACAAAAAUAUGGCUUUGAAAAUAAAAUAAAAUCUUGGGUUUUCUUUUUCUAAGGUGUAUUUCUCUUUCUUGAAAUAAAAAAUAAAUUAUUUAGCGUUAUUGUUGUAAAAUAGUCAUGUGUAUUAACACACUCUUAUUAAGGCCCUGGAGAUGAAAAACAAAAUAAAUUUGGAAGGUAAAUUCCUCUCAGGUGUGAUCCAGGUAAGUACGAUGCUAUGAGCUUAAGUUGAUUUUGAUGUAACUAAGAAAGGUCAAGCACCAGUCAACAUUUAACCUUUACUAGUUAGCUUUAUUUGCAGGAUAGUGGUCAUUAAGUCAGUAUUUAACCUAUUGGUGAACUGAGAAUUGAAACUUUUCUUUGGGAGUUUGGAAGUGACAUCAACCAGAUGGUCAUAUGUAAACCUUAUACCCUACACAGAGCACAGAGACUCGAAACUCUGCUCCUGUGGAGAUCUCGCCCCCCUCCAAUGGGUAAGUCUGGUUUUCAAUCUCAAACAAAAAAACUGCACUGGGGAAGAUGAAAGUACUUGAAUGAAAAGUAACAACUGAGUAGGAAAUAAAAUGCAUGCUGAAAUACGAUCCAAAUCUACCACUUUGCUUGGAUGGUUCACUGCAUGAGUCAAGUCUAACUAGGUUGGUUACUCAAACACCUGAGGAUUAACUGAUCAGAAAACAAAGUUGCUACUUUUUGUAUUUUACUCUGAUCAGUGAUGUUCAACUCUAUUUCUGAUUCCCUGGUAUCAAUGAUGAUAUCUAAGACCCUUGAGACAAUGUCAAACCAAAUCAAGUUCAAGUCACUUUAACUUACAUAUACAUAUAACACAUAUAGUACAUUCUUGAGAGAACUGCCAUAAAAUCUAAUAAAUGAGAGCACAUCUAAAAAUUCAAGAAAGUUUGGGAAUUACUGUUCUAUAAAAUAUAUUAACAUUCAGAAAAGGAAGCCCUAGGAAUUGUGUAUUUUCUAUGAGCAUGGACAUGUUAUCUACAGAAACUGUGUAUUACUGGGGGUUGAACCCAGGGCCUGCACACAUCAUCAGUACUUUUUUACUGUGAGACAGAGUCUCACUAAGUUGCUAAGUUGCCUAGGCUGGGCUCAAACUUGUGAUCCUCCUGCCUCAGCCUUCCAGAAAUCUAGGAUUACAGGUGUGCAUCACCACACUCAGUUUAUGUCUAUAUAUUUUAAAAGUGGGCAAGGGACGGAUAUCAACCUCCCUGUCUCCUUGAAUCUUUGAGUUACUGAGAAGACUGCUAUGUCCCCUUCUGGAUCCAGUCUUCCUUGGUUUUUCCUCAUAAGAUAUUUAUUCUGUCUCAUGCAAAUUUCAUUAGUUUUGUCCUUUCGAAACUCAAAAGCAUUCAUAACUGGGUCAUGAUAAUAAGAAAAUGCAGCUUGAACUAAUAAUAAUAAUUCAAACAUGAAAAGAGAUUCUAUUUAAAAAUUCAACACCUCAACAUUUCUUGCCUUUAGGAAACUAAUGUAAGUCCUUUCAAUUGACAUCUAGAUUUUUAAAAAAAAAAAAAUAUCCCAGGUAACAGGUAAAAAGGAAACUAUUUAUUGUUGGGGCAAGCAGGGCACUUCACUACUAGACUUGGGAAAAGGGAAUGGAGAGAAGAAAAGUCCUUUAGGAUCUCCAUACUCUGAGGGAGAGGUGGCCUCCAAAGUGUAGCUGAAAAUGUAGUGAUGCUGUGGUAUAAGCUCUGUGGCUUCUGGGUCUGACCCAAUGUCACGUCUUGACUGGUGCUGAGCCUGGGCGUCAGCUACACUGUGGCAGACUGAUGGGACUGGGUAAUCCUGAAGGGGUGCGGGGUGCUUCCCCCGGCUCAGCCCCAUACCCAAUCUUGUCGGGAACUCUAAACUGGAAGUGACUAGCGCUAAAUCUGGAUGGAAGCAAAACAAAUAAUAAGAUAAACUCAGUUGAUGGCAGUCAUCUUUUUCUGGGACUUUCAAUUAAGAACUCUAUUCCCAAUGGGAUGUACCUCUGAGGAUGGAGUGAAGCAAGGGGUCUACAGAACCAUUCACCCAUAAAUAAAUGCUGCAGGUAGAGUAAUACCUGAAAAGCUUUGCUUCUAAAGUCAAGCUUAGUGCUUAUAGAAGUCUUAGACAGAAAAUCUUACUUUUUUAUUCACUCUCCAACCCCAUGAAAGACAAAGGGGAAAGCACAUCAGUCAGAAAGUUAAUUAUGACCAACUUGAUAUUCAGAGCAAAAACCUACAGCAGUGUAAUUACCUCUUUUUGCCACAUGUACUUACCCAAGGACUGUCUCCCAGAUAGAAACAGUGCCUGGAACACAGGUAAGUGCUCGAGUGCUUGUUAUGGUGACCUAAUUAUAAUCUCUCCUCUGUCGCUGCUUUUAUUGCAGAGACUUGGAUUAAUGAUGGGCUGAUGGAAAUACAACUUUUUCCUUCAGUGAUGUAACAGGGAACUAUGAAGCUCUUUUCCUGAACUCUAAUGUUGUCCCUGUUAAUGGCCAAGUCUGGCUGUAGGUAAGCACCUCACCUGAAUCCCCAAUUCCAUUCAGCCCUGGUUUACCCUCCAUAAAGUGGGGAUACACUGAGGGAAAUGGCAGCAAGUACAAGACAUGGUUGUCAUAAGCAAUCAGCUUCCCUUCAACCAUGUACCUCCUGCCAGCGAGACAAAUGUAUGUAUAUAUUGGGACUGAAGAAAAGGCCAAUUAAGUCACACCCCCAUAAAAACUGUCAUGUACUGCUGCCUUCUUUCAUACUUAAAAAAUCUUUCAGAAUAAAUUCUGUAGGUUGCAGCAUUCUCUAAAGAAAUACUUAAAAAAAAUGACAAGUAUAUUCAAAGAAUUCAUCUAAAAUUUAACAUCUGGUAACAGCUCUUGAGUUUUCACCUUCUAACCUUCUUAUUUCUUCUUCUUAUUUUAUUUUCAUCGCUUCAUUCAAGAUAACCUGAUAGUGCAGGGCUGCAUAAUAUGUCCAAAUGUUUCAUCUUCCAAUGAAGACUGCCCUCUGAGGAGGCUAACAAGAUACAGCACAUUCAUCAAAAACAUGGUAUUUUUGUGUCUCCUCCAAAUCCUCAAUAUAAUUUUAUCAGCCCUCUGGAGUCCAUAACCAUGCUUGAAAGACUUCCACAUCUCAAUGCAAGACGUCACCUACAUUACAUACUUAAGGCCACUGAAACUGACAAUUCUUUUACUAGGAUUUCUAGGGCACAAUUUCAGGCUUUAAAAGGAAUGAGUUAAAUUUUGCUAGAACUGAGAAUAAGCCACAAAGAACAGAUCUGUUUAUGCCUCUCCCCAAACUAACAAAUAUGUUUCAGAACUGGUAACCUUUAUUCCUAUUAAAUGAUUUUGAUUAGUGUGCCCUCCGUUUAGAGGGAAGAGAUAAGCAUUUAUAAAAUAACUACUAAGGGUCAAG